AUGCCUCACAGCAGCGCUUCGACAAGAACCAUCCAGAUACAGGUGGCCGACCUUGCGUCGGACCCACCGGAGGAGGUGUAUCCCAUCAGCAUCCUCGAUGCGAUCAUGCGGAAGAUUUCCAACCCCAUCACCUUGACGUACUCGCUUGACGGGACCGUGGAUGACGACACCAUCAUCUCGAACAUGUGCACGGGGCUUCAAAGGGUCAUGAAGGAGUACCGCUUCCUUGCGGGAUGCGUCCACGAGGACGACAACGGUCAAAGUUACUCCAAGCGCACCCGUAGCCAAACCCAUUUCACGGUCCACGUCAAGGAUCUCCGGCGCACCAACUACCCGUCCUAUGCAGAGCUCGCUUCACGACACUUCCCAGUCAGUGAGCUGGAGAAUACCGAUCUGCUUGCUCCGGGGUUUGAGCCUUUCCCCCAACUACCCGCAGACGGGUCGGGCAUCCCCGUCACAUUGGUCCAAUUGAACCUAAUUCGGGGUGGUCUGAUCAUCGGACUCGCCAUCAACCACCGCUUCGUCGACGCACGGGGCAUGGACAACAUCCUCGCGCGCUGGGCCGAGCACACGCGGUCCAUCUUCCAUCCCGAUGGUCCCGCGCCCGCGCCCUUCGACCCAUCCUGGAAUGACCGGACGCCACUAAUGGCCAACCCCACCAUUCCACCCGUCGACUACCGCACCCCAGCCGUCCCCUCGAUGCGAUGGAUGCCUGACGGUACUGCGCCAGGAGCAGGCGUGGAGCCCGAGCAAAUGGCGUCCCAGAUCUGGUACGUGCCGGCGUCGAAGCUCAAAGCCCUCAAGGCGCUCGCCUCCUCCACUACGCCACCAAACAAAGGAGCAGCAGCAAUCCCGGACGACGACGACGACGACGACGAUGGUUCCUGGGUGUCCACGAACGACGCCCUGACGGCGCUGAUGUGGCGCUGCAUCACCCGCUCGCGCCUGGCCCUGCACGGCAUCACGCCCGAAUCCCUCGCCGACGACACUCGCCCCGUCGCCCUCAUGAACGCCAUCGACGUCCGCGCUUACGUACCGACGACGACGACCACCACCAGCAACACCGCCGCUGUCCCCUCGCCCUCGCCGCCCGUCUCCCCCUCCGGCAGCGACAGCGACAGCGACACCGACCCGGCCACCCUUCCCAGCCCCACCAUCGGCGUCCCCGCCGCCUACCCAGGCAACAGCGUCAUGUUCUCGCGCGCCACCCUCCCACUCAACAAGCUCCUACACCCCACCCCCACCCCCAGCCCCGCCUCCCCCUCCCCCCUCCGCCCCAUCGCCCUCACCAUCCGCCACACAAUCACGCACUACCGCCACCCCACCCUCCUCGCCCGCGCCCUCCGCUGGAUCUCUUCCUGCCCGCGCGGCGGCGUCGGCAGCGUCGACAUGGCCGUCGACGUCGUGCUGGGGCUGGACGUGAUCGCGACGUCGUGGCGGGUGCUGCGGGCGUACGAGCGGGCGGAUUUCGGGUUCGGGGGGUUGAAGGCGCUGAGGUGGGCGAGCGCCGUGUUUGAUGGGUAUUGUUUCUUGUAUCCGACGAGGGGUGCGGGGACGGGGGCGGGGGCGGAUGAGGGGGUGGAGGUGUAUUUGGGGUUGGAGAGGGGGUGUAUGGAGAGGUUGAGGGGGGAUGGGGAGUUGGCGGAGUGGGUGGAGGUGAGGGGUGGGUAA